AGGGCGCCCCGCGCCGCGCCCGCCUUCGCCGCCGCCACCUGCCGCCCGCCCGCGUCCGCGCAGCGCCCCGACAUGGCUGGCAAAGCACACAGGCUAAGCGCUGAGGAGAGGGACCAGCUGCUGCCAAACCUGAGGGCUGUGGGGUGGAAUGAGCUGGAAGGCCGAGAUGCCAUCUUCAAGCAGUUCCAUUUCAAAGAUUUCAAUAGGGCGUUCGGCUUCAUGACAAGAGUGGCCCUGCAGGCUGAGAAACUGGACCACCACCCCGAAUGGUUUAACGUGUACAACAAGGUCCACAUCACCCUGAGCACCCAUGAGUGUGCGGGCCUUUCCGAGCGGGACAUAAACCUGGCCAGCUUCAUCGAACAAGUAGCAGUGUCCAUGACCUAGACCCUGCCCUUCCUCUCUGAUUCUUCAGGGGACAGGGCUACUGCACAGGAAUGGAGAGAGGGAACUGGGGGGCCUCCAGAUGUUGCUGCAGGCAGAACUGCCAAGUCGACCCUGCUGCCUCCAUUUAGGGGUGAGUGCCUGCUGUGGAAGGAGGAGAUGCCAGCAUCACAGCUAACAGUAGGAACUUCGACCUUUUUCCCCACACCACUCUCUUCAUCCUUGGGGCUCUGUUACAUGUACACUAAUUUGAGUAAGAUCUUCCCUUUAUAACUUCCCAGCAACAGUAAUGAUUUUCUUUCCAGGCUAUGCCUUGUUCCCUUUUUAAUUCAUUUCCCAAGAAGCUGUGAUAGAAGCUGUGUCUACAAUAGAAACCAAGACCCUAAAGUCAACCUUAUACAUGUGCUUUUAUGCCUCAAAUAAAACUAUGGUCUCACUUGG